UUGAGCCUUCCGUAAAUAUGUAGGAAUAGGACAUUUCCUCCACCAUCCAUAAACGUCAAAACUUCUUACGCCUGUAAUGAAUCCGCCUCUAAUGGCCGUAUUAGUAAAACCAACUUGCAGGCAUCACGCUAAUUGCUCACUUUGUAUGUAAAUGUUGGACACGUUGUUUGGGCGAGAGCAUAGGGGGAGGAGGGGGGGUUUGAUGAUGGGACGGGCUAUGUUGUCAGUUGCCACCCAAGACGUGAUUCAGCUCCAACAAUUACCAUUAUCUGUUUCCCAGUUUGACGAUACGGGACGAAUCUGUAAUGAUGACGAGUGUUUCCUUUGCUCAUUGUUGAAGUUUUUUCUUACUCCGCACCUACCAUCAUUGGGUGACAGCACUCAAGCCAUUCAGGUACUCAGCGGUAGGAGGAGGCUUUAUAAGCGCAGCAGCCUUGUGUUUGCAGCUUAUGGAGUGCUGUUUGUGUAAACACUGAGCCCAGCACACAUUGGUUUCCGAGUUGGUGUUUGGACAGUGCGUAAAGUGGACAGGAUCCGCUGCGUUUUUCUCUCUCUCUCUCCUUGGAUAAACUUACUUUUUACGCACAACAAACCCCGGAUUGCACGAAAGGACGCGAUGGCUACCCCGACCAAGUUCAGUUUUUCCGUCAGGAGCAUCCUGGAUUUGCCUGAACGGGAUGCGGAGGCAGCGCCGCGGUCCUCCCCGCUUUACUCCUCCUGCUCGCCGUACAGCUCCUGGAUGGACUGCGACCGGAGUCCUUGCUUAUCUUCUGACGAAGGUAGUCUCGAGGCCUCACCGGACUCCACAAAGCCGGAUGACUCGUCCCUGGACUCGGAGCCCGACAGGAGCAAGAAGAGCAAGAAGCGCCGGGUUCUGUUCUCCAAGGCCCAGACCCUGGAGCUGGAGAGGCGCUUCCGUCAGCAGCGCUAUCUGUCCGGCCCGGAGAGGGAGCAGCUGGCCCGGCUCCUCACCCUGACCCCGACCCAGGUGAAGAUCUGGUUCCAGAACCACCGCUACAAGAUGAAGAGAGGCCGGGCAGAUGGAGUGCUGCAGGACAUGGAGAUACCGCAACCCCCGUUGCUGCGCCGGGUCGUUGUUCCGAUCCUGGUCCGGGAUGGGAAACCUUUUCACACCUGCUUACUUGACACGGAGAAAGCUGGCUGUUUAGCUCCUUCUCAAGCUCUACCUUUUCACUUAGCCUACCCAUCUCUACAGCACCCGUCCCCGGUCGCUCUUCCUCCACGGUACCACCAGCACUUUCCCACCGCAGCGGCCUCCAGAUUCGCCUGGAGAGACUUCUGGAGCGACUCGGUCCACUUUAGUUCUUUCAAGUGAAGGCCUCAUUUUAAUGCACAAACUCAUUUAGAAUAGCAUCAAAUGUUUUCUAAAUGUUUUGCAAAAUUUCGAGCAACUUAAACAUUUAGAUUUUCAUUAUAGAACGAAGGAUAUUUUGCACAUUUUUUAUUUUGAUGUUUCUUUUUUUUAAAUGCUGAUAAUAUGGUCUCACACAUGGGCUUAAUGGUGUAGCCUGUAGAUGGUUAAUUAUCCGCCAAGAUCGUGUAUUUGCAUGUGAAGCUGUUGAAACAUAAUAUUUGUAUGUAUAACUUUUGUUUUCUUUAGGCGGUGAUAGAAGAGAAGCCUCUAUUAGCCUGGAUGUUUGAAGGAAAAGCUCAUGUUUUUUGUUGUCUUUAAGGAGACUUUCUUUAAAGCUUUUAACUGUUUAAACUGUUUUA